AUUCACCAUCGAGGUUCUCUGCCGCAAAGCUUGCCGGCCGCGGAUGCAACCGACUGCUUGCGGACCGGAGGUGCACCUCAUUGACUGGUACUCUGCUCUUCCCCGGAGAGGGAGCGGACGAUCUGAGCUUUCAUGUCCAGGUUGGUACGUCUGAGCCCUUGCUCGAUCCCAUCCCCUCCUCACGUGAGGUGAUCAUCUGGCACGAUGCCCUCUUUCUUGUGAGUGUAGUCAUCAUGGUUCCUAUCCCCCUCCUCAGCGGGCUCUGUCCAUUGAGGUACGUCUCGCCUCAUUUAAGAAGGAGCUUCCCGUGCACCCCGCGGCCACCCAUUUUGUCCUGUUCAGUCCAUCUCACAAAGGUGAUAUCAUAUACGUCUCUACAGAUUCAUAUCAACACGCGAUCUUUGAGAGAGCAUUCCAUCCUCCAAGACAUUUCACAAUCCUCGAAUUCUAUCUUUGUCGGUAGUUCACGGCCUGCCACAUCGUCAGACCAUUGCAAUCCAUUCUUCUCACUUACUUCUGACUUAAACACCACAACAAGGUCGUCAAGAUGGCACACAAAUCGUCUGCAGUGGCUGAUGAGCCCAUUGACGUUCUCUUCGCCCUGCAUCCCAAGUUUAACCUCAUGGACUUUGCUGGCCCUCUCGAGGUCCUUACCACCGCUCUGCACGAGGCCAAUGAUCCUUCCUCCAGAGCCUUCGAAAUCACCGUCGCCGCCGGCGAGUCCACCGUUCUCUCAGACCAGGGAGUCGCCAUCCAGUCCCAGAUCACCUGGAAGGAGGCCCACGAGCGCCUAUCAGAAUUCGACGUCCUCGUUGUCGUCGGCGGCAACGUUAAUGAUGCCAUCUUGAAGGCCAAGGCCGAGCCCAUGCCCCUCAUCACUGCCUACUCUGAGAUUCAGAAGGCCGAUCCCACUCGCGAGCGUACCCUGCUUUCUAUCUGCACCGGAUCCAUCUUCUUGGCCGAACUUGGUAUCCUGUCUGGUCUUUCUGCGACCACCCACCCUGACUAUAUGACCCAGUUCGAGAAUCUCUGCAGCCAUUCGGCAGUCCGUGAUCUUACCGAGCGUACCGAUGUCAUUGAAGAUGCCCGAUACGUGGUGAACAACUUGCGCUUCGACAUUGGAGACGAGGAUGAGAAUCCCUACGUGCGACGCAAAUCUGACGCUGGCCGCCGUCCUUCCAAUGCCCGAAAGGGAUCUAUGUCCUUCAAGGGUGCCACGCGUCGCGAAUCUAUUGCCCGCCGCGCAGCGAUGCGCCUAGGUGGACUCCGUGUUAUUACGAGUGGGGGAGUGACCGCUGGCCUGGAUGCAGCUCUGUAUCUGGUCAGCGUUAUGGUUUCUGAGGAAUCUGCUAAUGAAGUUGCCCGUGUCAUGCAAUGGACUUGGACCAAGGGCGUUGUUGUUGAUGGUCUUGAUGUUUAAAGCGAGGCGCCGGUAGUUACACAAGAUGGUCUCGGUUAUGGAAGGGAAACCGCUUCACAUGGAACUGUAUUUCAUCGAAGGAUCAAAAGGCAUACGAGGACAGAAAUAAUCAUUUGAAAUGAAAUAAAAGCUGGUAAUCAAUCUCUUCUGACGAUGCAUCCUGCA